GCCCACAAGUCUCCUCCCCAGCAGCAGAAGCAGACUUCUCUAUACUUUUCUUUUACUAAUGCAUUGCUUAAAAAGGACAGCUAACCCCGGGCUUCUGCAGUUGUUAAAACAUGCAGGGCCCAGUGCCAGGCUUGGAUGUGAGGGUAGCUCUGUGUUGUGGCGGACUCUGCUCCCUGCUCCUCUCUCCUCGGGCUGGGGGAUCACAGCAUCACCCACUCAGCCCCAACGAGCCCUGCAUCAGACUUGCCCUGAAGACCAAGGACACACCAAAUACAGGCUAAUGGAGGGGAUGGAGGACCUACUGUUUUACACCAUCACUGAAGGCAAAGACACCAUUCCCCUGUCACAGUUUGUCUCCGCCUUAAAGAAAACUGGUUUGUUGAUGUCUGAUCCUCGGCUGCGUGACUGUUUGAAGCAAAUAAGGCAAGCCUCGCGUGAAUCCAGCAGCCACGCCAUGAUGGACAAGGCGCUGUUCAGAAGAUGUGUGAGCAACAUAAUCCUGCUCCUGACAAAGGCAUUUAAGAAGAAGUUCAUUAUCCCUGAGUUUGAGGAGUUCACGCUGGAAAUUGAUAAAAUGUAUGAUCGUGCACAGCAACAAGAGGGAGGACAAGUGGCUGACUAUAUUCCACAGUUGGCCAAGUUCAGUCCUGAUCUUUGGGGUGUGUCUCUGUGCACUGUCGAUGGACAGAGACACUCAGUGGGUGACACUAAGGUCCCGUUCUGCCUGCAGUCCUGCGUGAAGCCCCUGGAGUAUGCCAUCGCUGUGCAUGAGCAUGGCACUGAGCAUGUGCACCAGUUUGUGGGCAAAGAGCCCAGUGGACUCAAAUUCAACAAACUGUCUCUAAACGAUGAAGAUAAACCUCACAACCCAAUGGUGAACGCUGGAGCUAUUGUGACCAGUUCUUUGAUAAAGCCCAUGUCCAAUAAGGCCGAACGGUUUGAUUAUGUUAUGGAGUUUCUCAAAAGCAUGGCGGGUGCAGAGUAUGUGGGCUUCAGUAAUGCAACGUUCCAAUCUGAGAGGGAGACUGGAGAUCGGAAUUAUGCCAUUGGAUACUACCUCAAGGAGAAGAAAUGUUUUCCAGAAAAUGCAGACAUGAUGGCAGCCCUUGACUUUUAUUUCCAGCUAUGCUCCAUUGAAGUAUCCUGUGAAUCUGGAAGUGUCAUGGCCGCCACUCUGGCCAAUGGAGGAAUCUGUCCAAUCACAGGCGAGCGCGUCCUGAGUGCCGAGGCCGUCCGAAACACACUGAGCCUGAUGCAUUCCUGUGGCAUGUACGACUUCUCCGGGCAGUUUGCUUUCCAUGUGGGGUUGCCAGCUAAGUCCGGGGUCUCUGGAGCAGUUCUGCUGGUGGUCCCUAAUGUCAUGGGUGUGAUGUGCUGGUCGCCCCCUUUGGACCGACUCGGGAACAGCGUCCGUAGCAUUCACUUCUGUCAAGAGCUUGUCUCUUACUUCAAUUUCCAUAAUUAUGACAACCUGAGACACUUCACCAAAAAACACGAUCCACGUAGAAAAUACGACGAGGACCCCAACAAGUAUGUGGUCAGUCUCAUGUUUGCAGCCUACAGUGGGGAUGUGAACACUAUGAGAAGGUUUGCCCUCUCAGGAGUGAACAUGGAACUGACCGACUACGACUCUCGCACAGCUCUUCAUAUUGCAGCAGCCGAAGGCAAAGUUGAAGCUGUAAUCUUCCUCACAGAAAUCUGCAAAGUAAAUCCAUUCAGCAAAGACAGGUGGGGGAACACACCCAUUGACGAUGCCAUGCAGUUUGGACAUAAUGUUAUUGUGUCACUCCUACAAGAUUAUCAACAGCUUUACGACAGCACUUACAGAAUCACAGACGCAGAGGCCAAGACCAUAAUGGACACUAUUAAGAGUGUUGUUUAA